AUGGGCGCCAGGAGGAGCAGCUGGAUUCUCCUGCUGCAGCGCGGGUAGGCUAGCAGGGAUUCCAUGGCGGCAGCGGCGGCAUCAGCUGCGGCGAUGAAUGCUUGGCGCGCCAAUGCCGGCGUCACAGCUUGCAAGACGUCUUUUGGAUCGUCGUCCAGGGGCUGUGCGAUCCACAGGCGAUCGCAAUGCCGGGCCUUGCAGCUGAGAUUUCGUGGUGCCGUGUGGAAAGCGAUUGUCUGGGAGGUGAAGAGCACGAGAUCCAUUCGUCGUCGCAGAUGCUGCUACACAGUAUGCUUUGGCCACAGCCAAGAUCACGGCGAUCAUUCGCAUUCUCACCAUCACCAUCACGAGCACGAGCACGAGCACGGGCAUUGCCAUUCGACGCAGGACAGCCGCGACUGGAAUUUCGUCCAGCGAGCGCUCAUCACGGUUGCCGAUGCCACUGGCAUUGCUGCUGUCGCGAAUUCCUGGCGUGACAGCCUCCAAUUGUGCUGUGUCUCGAUUGGUCUUGUGUUCUUGGCGAUUUUUUCGCCUCGGCUACUACCACGAGCUAGAGGCCUCCAAACCGGUCUCGCCAUUGUUGCUUUUUCGCUCACAGGGGUUCCAGCAGUGUUGGAUGCUUGCAUGGAUGUUGCUGGUGGCAAAGUAAACAUUCAUGUCCUCAUGGCGCUCGCGGCAUUUGGUUCGGUUUUCAUGGGAAAUGCUCUUGAGGGUGCUUUGCUUCUGGCGAUGUUUAGUCUAUCGCACCAAGCCGAGGAGUACUUCACAAACCGGGCUCUGGGCGACGUGAAGGCCCUGAAGAAAAGCAAUCCCGAGUUUGCUCUGGUCUUGGAUCGCGAGGUUUCAUCGCACUCGCAUCUGAGUACGACCGUGCCUUACGUCGAAGUAGAUGUGUCCAAGGUCGAAGUCGGGGCUUUACUGCUCGUGAAAGCGGGUGAGGGAGUGCCUGUUGAUUGCCAAGUAUGGCAAGGGAGAUCAACUGUGACAGUCGAGCAUCUCACCGGAGAAGCACAUCCCUUAGACAAGCGAGUGGGAGAUACCAUUCCGGGAGGAGCUCGGAAUCUCGAUGGAAUGCUAAUCGUGAAGGCUACCAAAACUUGGGAAGAAUCUACACUUGCAAGGAUCAUGAAGUUGACUGAAGAGGCACAAGCAAACAAGCCGAGACUGCAAAGGUGGCUUGACGAAUUUGGCGAAAAGUACAGUAAAGCGGUCGUAGCAAUGUCCGUGACCGUAGCUGCUUUGGGACCAUUUGUUUUCAAGUGGCCUUUCCUCAGCACUUCAGGCGUGCGGGGAUCACUGUAUAGAGGACUCGGCCUCAUGGUUGCAGCAUCUCCUUGCGCCUUGGCGGUGGCACCUCUGGCUUAUGCGACUGCAAUAAGUUCUUGCGCUAGUAAGGGCAUUCUACUCAAGGGUGGCGAAGUAUUUGAUGCUCUUGCAGCCUGUGACACUGUCGCGUUUGAUAAGACUGGCACCCUUACAACCGGCGAACUUGAGUGCAAGGCCAUUGAGCCUAUCCAUGGCCACCUUGGUGCAGGGAAGGCCAAUUGCUGUAAUCCAAGUUGCGAGGUGGAGGCCCUUGCUGUAGCAGCCGCGAUGGAGCGUGGAGCGACACAUCCAAUUGCUCGAGCCGUUGUGGAGCAUAGUGAAGGGAAAGAGCUACCGUCCAUUGUGAUUGAUACUUUUGAGUCCUUGCCUGGACAAGGAUUGUUUGCCACAAUUGCAAAUCGCAAGUCCGGCCACAAAGCCUUGAUAGGCUCGUUGGACUACAUUGCUUCUUCCUUUCCAAGCAUGUCUAGCUCCCAGAAGGUCAGGGAGGCAGCGAGACUGUCGAUCCAUGGAAAUGACUUGGUGCACGCGGUCCUCUCAAUCGAUGAGAAAGUUACAUUGUUUCACUUUGAAGACAAGAUUCGUGCUGGAACGGCAGAAGUUCUGCGAUCGUUGAAGGAAGAAGCAGGACUCAAGCUUCUGAUGCUAACCGGUGAUCAUCCUGCCAGUGCCCAGCGAGUGGCAAACGCUGUAGGCAUUGAAGAGGUACACUCGGAUCUUCGGCCCGAGGAUAAGCUUCUCCAUGUCAAAAAGCUUGCGCGACAAAGAGAUGAAGGUAAUCUGGGAGGUUUGAUAAUGGUGGGAGACGGCGUGAACGAUGCUCCGGCACUGGCAGCCGCCACCGUGGGUAUCGUUUUGGCUCGCUUUGCAAGCGCAACUGCUGUGGCAGUGGCAGACGUACUGCUGCUCAAAGAUGCAAUCGACGGAGUUCCAUUUGUGAUCUCCAAAGCCCGGCAAACGACUUCUCUGGUGAAACAAAAUGUCAUCCUGGCGAUGGCAUCGAUUGUAGUGGCCGCAUUGUCUUCUGUGGGAGGGCUGCUUCCACUGUGGAUAACGGUUCUACUUCACGAAGGUGGGACUUUACUCGUUUGCGUCAACUCGGUUCGUGCCUUGAAUGAGCCUUUGUGGUCGUCACAAUGGAGAAGAGAUAUGGUAAGUUUCAUUCAAGGCUUGAUAGGUGAUAGAACGAGGAAAGAAGCAGCACAUGUAAUCUAAUAAGGUGAGAAGAUCAGCAAGUAACUAAGCAUCUAAAUGCCAUGGAUCUAAUCUAAAAUAAACGUUCCUCUA